UUCUGGGAUUCAUAGAACGGUCUUACUAUCAACUAAAUUUUUGUAAACAAAUAUUAACUCAGCUUGAAUAUUAGAAAAAUGAGCAGAAGGAAGUGGCACGCUUCCGAAGAGGACAGGUUCAUCGACAUCUGGAUCCACAACUUGCAUCUGUUUGAGCCUGGCAAGAAACUGACGGAAACCUAUGCGGAACUGGAGCCCUUUUUACGAGAUGUUGGCGUGGAGAUCAAUGUCCAGGGAAUCAAGUCCAAAAUGGAAUCAUUGAAGCGAAAGUAUUUCAAUUUGCUGCACUCCGACCAGGAGGACCAAUCUAUCACCUGGAGGCACUUCGAUGCGAUGGCACUGGUGGUGAAUGCAUCUGCCAACGAGGUGAAGGAUUCGGAAUGGAAGGACUAUACGCAGCCACCGAAGACUUCUCACAAAACCCGUUCCUCUGUUUAUAUGAACGAUCCCGCACAACGUAUAGAAUACGACACACCAUUCAAAAGCGUCUUCGUGGAUGAAAGUGCUGUGAACUUUUUUACCGAUGAGGAAAUGCCCAACGCAAAAAGAGUAAGGAAAAGAUUCAGCAAAACCAGCAACGUUGGAGUGAAGUCGCGAAGAGUUUGGCAGCCGGCGGAGGAAAGCAUAUUCGUUGAUGUCUGGGAAAAAUUCGCGUGUCACAUACAAAGUGAUAGGAAGAAAAUUGAUGUCUACAAGGAUAUGCAUAAUGAGCUUCAGCUGCGUGGCGUUCGCAUAUUACCAGUGGACAUUAAAUCCAAAAUUGAAUCACUUAUGCGCACGUUUAGAACACAGCGAGAUUCGGUGGGAGAUAAGUCCGAAUGGAUUCAUUAUUCGAAGAUUUUAAAAAUCCAGACUCCUAUUGAUUUCACAAAGCUGGAUGGAUUUUCCGAUCCCAGUAGCAGCUUCGAAGACGAUGCGUCCUGGUUCAAAGAAUUGGAGCCAAAACCAGAUCCCGAAGCCAUCUGUAAUCGCCCGAGCUCUAACGAUUCCGUUGUCAAUCAGUUUGAUAAUCGCACUCAGCCGAGCUCUCCCGCGUCCGAAGUUUGUUUUUGGUCUGAUCCUGAACCCAGCCAUUGCAAGGUGUCUAUUGAAGUCUUGGACCAAGAUGAGCCAACAAAGCCUAUUGAAUCUCCCUCUGUCGAAAAGCAAAGGGCCUCUGAAGAAUUUAGUCAAUUUGUAACAAAGGAGCUAGCCGUCCUGAAUGAUGAUUUGCUAAUUGAAGCAAAACGCCAAAUAUACAAUAUCAUAUGUGUCUUGCAGAAGAAACAGAAUGAAGUAAAUAAAAUACCAUAA